AUCGUCGCCCACCACCAUAUUCGCAGAGUACGACUGCGACAACAUGCUGCAGCUGACCUGGCGCGACCACCUCUGCACGCGUGCCCUCAACACGGAACUUUGACCAGCUGGGCCCGCUGCCGCCUGCUGCCCUAUGGCUGACCGAAAAAUGUCACUGACAGGGCCUCUGUCGAAAGCAGCCCGUCAAACCAGCAUCCGCGCCCCCAAGGUUGGCCACAAGAAAUCCCGAAAUGGCUGCCAGACUUGCAAAGCACGACGAGUGAAGUGUGAUGAAAAGACGCCAGAAUGCAGCAUUUGUCUUCGUUUGGGCCUCGAGUGUACAUAUGUCACGCCGGAUCCUCCCAAACCACGCACCAAGUCUGCGAGUACCGAGCGCGUGCCAGGACAGCCAUCUCUUCUCUCUCCAGCACAAUCCAAUUCGCAAGGAAGUCCGCCGCCCGGCAACGACGAACCAGGAGACCAAACGAUGAUCACCCGACAGACGCCGGAUCCUCUGACCGAAGAGUCGGAACAAAGGCGAUACCUGGAGCUCCGUCUGCUACAUCACUGGAUGCUUGCCGUGUCGAGACCGUUUGGUAUGACAUCGCCACCGAGUUGGAAGGAGUUAUGGUAUGGAGAGGUUCCGCAGGUGGCGCUCAGCAACAAGAACGUCUUGUAUGCCAUGUUCACUAUGACGGCGACGCACUUACUUGGUACCUGUCCCACCGAUCUGCCAUUGUACCAGGCGCGAGAAAACUACUGGGUCUGGGCACUGCGCGAGCAGCGAGCUGCAAUCGUCGACCUCGACAACUGCAACACGGAUGCCGUCGCCUUUGCUGCACUGUUAAUCACCAUGAACUCGCUUGCCAUGCUGCAGGAACGCAGCCUGGAGCCGUACACGCCACCUAUGGAAUGGCUCGAGGUAGGGAGAGGCGCAUUCACUGUCUUACCGCCUCCCGAAGCUGUACCCGAAGGGACGGGGCUGAAAAUUCUCAUGGACACUACCGCCAAUAUCUGGCAGGCCCAGGCAACGUUUGACGAGGAGAUGCAGCGAGAAUUUGGGGCCAUUCUCAAUAGGGAUAUCCCUUCCAUCGAUGUUUGGGACCAAGAAACUUGUGAAUGUUACGAGCACACCCUGAGCUAUAUUGGAUCGUUUCGGAGAGCGGUUCUCUCGGGAGAGGCCGCCGACAUCAACCUCCGCUGGAUCUGCAUGUUCCCGUUUAUGGUUCCAAGAAAGUUCAUAGACUUUGUUGGCGAGGGCCGACCGCGGGCCCUGGUCACUCUCGCGUACUUUUUCGCAGUGGUUGGACUGACGGAUGCUUUGCAAUAUCUUGGUAAUACCGGUGACAUUACGACUGCGAAAAGAGAGAUAUACGCAAUCAGAGGAGUGCUGUCGCAGGAGUGGCAGGGUCUGAUGCUGUGGCCCCUGAAUGAGGUUGGCGGCUGAACACCGGGCACAUGUACUCCGCUGACGAGAGCACUGCGGCUUUAUCAUGGGAGCGAGAAGAAUCGGGUGACGACCAGAGGGUGGGAUGUGCAUCUGCUCUGUUCACGCUUCAGCGAGUAGUAUCACACAACCACUACAGACACGAAAUGACUAGGCGAGGAGAGUGAGGCGAAGACAGCCAUCGCAAGGAGCGGCAAGCUUGCCUGGGUGCACUCAUGACGCUUGACAGCUGGCGCCUGGUCUGCACGAUGCACAUGAACGACAGUAUACAUCAGGUCUCCACGUCGAUUGGAGCGCGUAGGACAUGGUCUGACCAGCACACUUUUGUGGCCGACAUGUAUGUCACAUCGAUCUCAGCACACGAGGACAUGACAGGCUUCGCUGCAGAAGUCGGGUUCGCUCCUGCAGAGAUACAGCCUCUAUUUCAGGUCUCCUCAAACUUCAAAACAAUCUAGAGGAACUUGGACAGCUUCCACGAUAUAGGAUUAGGAGAUAGCCGAUGCUGGAACCAUACAUACCUGUAUAUACCUAGGUAUGAAAGGAUGUAUCGAGUACGGAGCGGAGGAGCGAUGCAUCACGGACGUUGAUUUCGGCAGACUCUCGGUGGUGGUCGUAUUACUA